UGGAAAUAAAACAGUUCUGUGAAAUAAAAAAUAAAUAAAAAUAAAACUUUCUUUGAUUUAAAAUUUAAUUAAUUUUAAGUACUAUUGAUAGCCUUUAGUUAAUUUUAAAUAAUAAGAAAUGCAAAGAAGAGUGGUUGUUACAGGUAUCGGCGUUAUAUCUCCCGUUGGAACUGGAAUAAAAGAAGCAUGGAAAAAUAUUAUAGCCGGAAAAUCGGGUAUAUCAAAAUUGGAAGAUCCUGAGUAUCAGACUUUGCCCUGUAAAAUUGCCGGUUUUAUUAAAGAUAAUGGCUCAAAAAUUAAUUUAUCGAAUUACUUCUCUAAAUCAGAGUUGAAAACCAUGGCACCUGCUACAGCUUAUGCACUUUUAGCCACAAAACAAGCCUUAGAAGAUUCAAAAUUGGACAAAAUGGAUGAAGAAACAAAAUGUAACACAGGGGUAGCUAUAGGUAUGGGCAUGGUGGAUUUAGAAGAUAUUUGUAAAACAUAUGAAGCCUUGAAGAAGGGUUAUCAUCAUGUCAGUCCCUUUUUCGUUCCAAGAAUUUUGCCUAAUAUGGCUGCAGGACAAAUUAGUAUAAAAUAUGGCUUAAGAGGACCAAACCACUCUGUUUCUACAGCUUGUGCUACUGGGGCACACGCUAUAGGAGACUCAUUUAGAUUUGUAAGAAAUGGAGAUGCUGAUAUUAUGGUUUGUGGGGGUACAGAAGCAUGCAUAUCUCCUAUGUCUAUUGCUGGAUUCUGUAGAUUAAGAGCCCUAAGUACAUCUUAUAAUGAUAAUCCUGAGAAAGCCUCCAGACCUUUUGAUAAGUUAAGAGAAGGAUUUGUAAUGGGCGAAGGAAGUGCGGUUUUAAUUUUGGAAGAGUUAGAACAUGCCCUUAGUAGGAAUGCCCAUAUAUACGCUGAAGUUCUAGGUUACGGACUAUCUGGUGACGCUUCUCAUUUAACAGCACCUCGUUCGGAUGGUAGAGGAGCUUUCCUGGCUAUGGAGAGAGCUAUAAGAGACUCGAAAAUAAAAACUACAGAUGUAACUUAUGUUAAUGCCCAUGCCACUUCUACUCCCAUUGGAGAUACUAUAGAAGUUAAAGCAAUUAAGUCCCUGUUUGGCGAUUUCUGCAAAAAUAUAGCAGUAUCUUCAACAAAAGGAGCUCAUGGGCAUUUACUGGGUGCCGCAGGGAAUUUGGAAUCCGUUUUUACUAUAAAAGCUCUGGAAGAAGGGAUUUUACCACCAACAGCUAACUUAGAAAACAUUGAGGAUAGUGAUAUCAAUUUUGUUCCUAUUAGUAGUCAAAAAUGGAAAAAAUGCGAUAGGAGAAUAGCUUUAAAAAAUGCUUUUGGAUUUGGUGGAACUAAUGCUAGUUUGUGUUUUGGACAAUAUAUUUAAAUACAUUGUAAAAUAAAGUUUUUUUUUGUUGUGUUGGUCUUAUUUAAAAUUGUAGUUGUAAUGAAACAAAAAAGCAUACUUGAUCAAUUUUAUAUUUUGAUUCUUACAUAGAAUAAGGUAUGACUGCAUAUAGUGCAUAUCAAAGACCUAUACAAAAACAAUUCUAUUUCUUUUGUAACAAUAAUAACCCAUUAUGGAAUGCAACAAAUACAUCAUAAAUAUAUUGUAACUGUAUUAUAUUUUCUUUUUUAUCUUGAACCAGUAUAUUUGGGCGGGGUGUACCACAAAUUGUGUCUGCUUAGCUUCAGUAGUUCAAAUGUUCUAUUCUAAUAUUUUAUUCCUACUAUGAAAGGUAAAAAAAAAAAUCAAAAAUAUAUAUAACAAAUUAUCAAAUUUGGCGUUAUUUUCUUUAUUUUAAACAUGGAAAAAAUGGACAGUAAGAAAAACAUCAGGACAUUUGAACUACUGGAGAGUGAUGUUCACCCAAGACAAACGCAUAUAAUUUAACUAGAAUUUCCUAAUUUUCGUUUAUUUGUGCAACUGUAAAUACAAAAGAAAAACAAAACCAAAAUAAUAAAAAUUAAAAACAUUUUUAUGUAUAAUUUCAAACCGAACAGUUAUAAAAAUCAUCGAGCUACUGAAAAUACUUUGAACAAAAAGUAAAGUAAGAAUCUGAUGUCGUUUAGAUAUUGUAUUGAGCCAAUCAGAUAAAAAAUUGGGUCAAAUGCGCAUUGGCAAAUUACUUUUUCUAUUCCUUCAAUUUAAAUUGCAAAUUAAUUAAAAUUACUUGUAAAUUAUAUUUUUAUGUUUUGCCAAAUAUGUAAACUUUCGAUGAAACAGGUUAAAUAGCACGCUGUCAUUAUCCUAUUUUUAUAUCUGCUAAACGUCAUUAGUUUCGUUUGUAUUACUCUUUGUGCAAAGUCAUGUGCUGUUUUCAGUAAACAAUAUAGGGAAAUCUAGUAGAUUGUAAACAAAAUUAGUUUGAAGCAUAUUUGGUUUGUAGGAGUAUAUGUGGCACUGGACCGUCCAUACAGAAUUGGGCGAACCUCUUUUGAAGGGUCUCGCGCAAUUCCUGGCGCUUUUCGUACACUUGCCUAUUGUUACUUUUAAAUUCCCUAACUUCCUCCGGUGUUAUAUAACAUUCAUCAUCGUCUUCGCUGUAUACCU